AACUGGCACACUCUUCCUAGGCCUGGGCCCUUAGUCCCCCGCGCGGGCGCGGGUGGAUCUCUCGGGCUCCGACAUCUUCUUGGGUCAGUCUCCGGCCUCACUCUAGAAGCCCUACUCCCGUUUCCCCUCACGACAUCGCAGCCGUGCCAGGAGGGACUACAUUUCCCAGAAGUCUGGGCGGCUAGGCGAGCCAUCCGGCGCCUCAGGGGGUCCAGCCGACUCCAUUUCCCAGGCAGUUUUGCGGCGCCCGGGCUCUGAAGAUUACACUUCUCAGAACCCUUUCGCUGUAAGGUCGCCGUCCCUCUCCGGAGUCUCUGAGCCGUCGAGCGACUUCGAUUCCCGAAGGCCUUUACGGCUGACUAGGGUGACUACAUUUCCCAGAGGCCUCUGCGGCGUCGCCACCGGAAGCGGCGAGCGAGUCGAGUGUCCUUGCGCGCGGAGCAGAGGGACCAUGGUGCCCCGAGUGUGGUCGCUGAUGAGGUUCCUCAUCAAGGGCAGCGUGGCUGGGGGUGCCGUCUACCUGGUGUAUGACCAGGAGCUGCUGGGGCCAAGUGACAAGAGCCAGGCUGUCCUUCAGAAGGCCGAGGAGGUAGUGCCCCCAGCCCUGUACCAGUUCAGCCAGUACGUGUGUGAGCAGACGGGUCUGAAGAUGCCCCAGCUCCCAGCCCUUCCAAAGUUUAACUUCCACGUCCGUGACUCCUGGAAUUCAGGCAUCAUUAAGGUGAUGUCAGCGCUGUCAGCAGCCCCCACCAAGGCGGGCGAGUACUCCAGGGAGGGCUGGGAAUACCUGAAGGAGCGGAUCAAGUAGCCCGUCGGAGGCGGCCACCUGCCCCAGAGGGCCAGGGAUGUCAUAGACCCAGAGACUCCAGACUGGGACUGAGACCCAACUCCAAGGGCGGCUCCCGGCCUCGCUGGCCCAAUAAAGGACUUUGGAAGUGUU